CCUAGGAGGACAUGACAAAGGAAUGGAAGAAGCGGUUCAUCGUCGACGAUGCCCCGACACUCGCCAUCAACCGCAUCUUCACGAUGGCUCAAGGGAGCACACCGACACGUGAUUGGCUCACGGAUUGGCAGAAGAUCGUGGCAACGCCCGAUUUGGACUUGCCAUUUCCGCAUCUGCGCCGUGAGUUCUACAACAGGUCAUGCGCCGCUCUCAGCCUCGCACUUGGUGAUCGCAAGCAGUACAGCACUUUCGCAGAGAUCAUCAACAAGGCGAGGGAGAUCAUCAAGACCAACAGGGCAGCUGCACACGAGAAGUCGACGUGGCAGCCAACCUAUGUGGAGAAGAUCGGAGAGGCGACCUGCAGCGCUUUGAUUGAUUGCGGAGCAUCUCGCAACUACAUGAGUCAGGACUUCAUGGUACGCACCGACCUUGGCCCACGAGUCCGAAGGAAGUCCCAGCCCACGCAAGUCACGUUGGCGGACGGUCACACGCACAAGUCAAUUGUCCGGUGCAUUGAUGACGUCCCAGUGUACUUUGCCCCUCACGCAAGUGAGGCGGUGUCCUUUGACAUUCUGGACACCAAAUUCGACAUGAUCUUGGGCAUGUCAUGGCUGAGAAGCGAGGACCACCCAGUGAACUUCUACCGCCGCACCGUUCACAUUCGUGAUCGGAACGGACUACUAGUCCUAUGCACGGUAGCUCCUCGCCCUUCAGUCAACUGUCACGUGGUAUCCGCCGCAAGCAUGCGAGCUUCCAUCAUCAGAGACGACAUCGAGGAGAUGGGGAUGUGUUUUCUCCACGCCCUCCCGCCCCAAGACGCGUCAUCAACGGACUCAUCUUCGGAUCCACGCAUAUUCGAGCUUCUCGACGCCUACAGCGACGCGUUCGAAGGCCCGCACGGAGUAGUACAGGAUCGACCCAUCCGCCACGAGAUCAUCCUCGAGGACGGGGCCAUACCUCCACGCGGUUGCAUCUACCGAAUGAGCGAGGAAGAGUUAAGUGUGCUUCGGGCACAACUCGACAACCUUCAGGAGAAAGGCUGGAUUCGACCUAGCUCAUCGCCAUACGGUGCUCCUGUUCUCUUCGUCUGGAAGAAGAACAAGGAUUUGCGGUUGUGCAUCGAUUAUCGCAAGCUCAACAUGCAGACAAUCAGAAACGCCGGCCCACUCCCACGCGUCGACGAUCUUCUCGAGCAACUGGGCGACGCCAAGUUCUUCUCUAAGAUCGAUCUCAAGUCGGGAUAUCACCGACUCGAGAUCCGGCAGGAGGAUCACUACAAGACCACGUUUAAGACGCGAUAUGGGCAUUUCGAAUGGCUGGUCAUGCCAUUUGGCCUUACGAAUGCCUCGGCCACUUUCCAAGCUGCUAUGACAACGGACCGGAGUUUGGAGGAGCAUGUGGAACACCUGCGCACCGUUUUGGAGCGGCUACGACAAGCCAAGUACAAAGCCAACMGCGACAAGUGCGAAUUUGCGCGGCAGGAGCUGGAGUACUUGGGACAUUAUGCGACGCCGCAAGGCAUCCGUCCGCUUGCGGACAAGAUCGAGGCCCUACGAGUACGGCCCGAGCCCACCAACACCGCGGACGUUCAUUCAUUCAUGGGAUUGGCGGGCUACUAUCAGCGUUUCAUCACCGGAUAUUCCAUGAUUGCUGCACCUAUGACGAGCUUACAGUUGCCAAAGGUGCCAUUCGUAUUCGAUGACGACGCACGYCGGUCAUUCCAAGCACUUAAGACGGCUAUGCUUUGCCGACGCAGCAAGCCCCGCAACCGCAAUCCCUACGGCGAGUUACGCCCGAUGCCUAUCCCACGGGAACCUGGUCUCUCCAUUGCCAUGGACGUCACCGGUCCGUUUCCCCGCGACCAGCUCGGGCACGACGGCAUCCUCACGGUGGUGGACCGAUUGAGUAAGUAUGCGCGUUUUCUUCCUUGCAAGUACUACUCCUCGGCUCCCGCGCUGGCACGCCUCUUGCACACCGGCUGGAUUUGCGGCCAUGGUGUACUGGAAGAUAGCGACCGCGACACUCGCUUCAUGUCGGCAUUUUGGACUGCACUCAUGCAGGAGUCCGGCACGAAGAUGAAGCCAAGUUCGGCUCGGCAUCCACAGACAGACGGGCAGACGGAGCGGGCACAUCAGACCGCUCAAAUGAUGCUUCGUACGCUCAUCCGUCCGGACCAGAAAGAUUGGGUUGACCGCCUCCCCGACAUCGAGUUCGCCUACAACACUUCGGUGCAUCCGGCGAUCGACGUGACUCCAUUCGAGUUGCACCACGGUGGACGGAAAGGCCGGAUCUUCGGCGACCUUCUCCUCCCUCAACCAGCCGAUAUUGACGCUGCCUGCUCUCCCGCUUGCGUCCGAAAGUACAGGGAAUUGCUGACUCAAGCCCGCGCGAACAUGCAAAAGGCUCAAGUCCGCAUGCAACAGCAAGCCAACAGGCAUCUCGUACCAUGUCCCAUCCGCGCCGGUGAUCUGGUUUGGGUCUCCGCGGAAGAGUUUGCACUGGAACAGGAUGUUUCACGCAAAUUGCUUCCCAAGUGGUUUGGACCUUGGUCUGUGACAGCAGUCGCGGACGAUGAGCCUGAUGGCCCUUCAUUUGUGAUCAACAUUCCCGAGCAUCUGACGAUCCAUCCAGUCUUUCACGCCUCGAAGUUGGCAACAUAUACACCAGCUAAGAGCGACAACUUCCCGGGCCGACAAUCGCAGGACCCUCCUUCUAUGGAUGGUCAUCAGGAAGUUGACCGCGUCAUCACGGAUCGCAAGUACGGCAGCAAGCCGCGCCAGUACAAAGUUMCAUUCMGAGCAUGCGAUCCCGACGACACUCGGUGGAUUUCAGGAGAAGAUUUGAAAGCAUCCGCACCGCUGAUCUACGCGCACUACGAGCGACAAAGGUUAGCUAAGGGACCUCCACGACCUGCCCCUCCCACCCGGACUGUGGUCCCUCCCUCAGACUGACAGCUUCGCCCUCGCAGGUAAGCUCGGUCUUUCAAGGAGGGGGGGGGKGUGGCAUACUGCGUAGCCACACGGGC